GUCCUUGUGCUGCACCAAAUCCAUGUACUGCUUGAAGCCCUUCUGCUGCUCCAGGUCUUCUAUGGGAUAUGGCCCUACCAGACCUUCAAGAAGCUGGGCAUGCCUGGCCCACGGCCUCUGCCCUUUGUGGGGACUUUCCUGGAGUAUCGGAAUGGAGUCCUGCAUUUUGACCAGAUAUGCUUUGAAAAGUAUGGAAAAAUUUGGGGGAUUUUUGAUGGCAGGCAGCCUGUGCUGGCUGUGUUGGACCCCAUCCUCAUCAAAAACAUCCUGGUGAAAGAGUGCUAUACCAUUUUUACUAAUCGCCGGAACUUUGGUCUGAAUGGGUUCCUGGAGUCAGCCCUCAAUGUGGCAGCAGAUGAGCAGUGGAAAAGGAUUCGUACAGUGCUGUCUCCAACCUUCACUAGUGGGAAGCUGAAGGAGAUGUUCCAUAUCAUUAAUCACUACGGAGAAAAAUUAGUGAAAAACAUUGAGAAGAAAGUGGCUAAUGAUGAGUUCGUGACCGUGAAGGAUGUUUUUGGAGCCUACAGCAUGGAUGUGGUGGCCAGCACUUCUUUCAGUGUCAAUGUUGACUCCAUGAGCAACCCCAAUGAUCCUUUUGUCACCAACAUUAAGAAAUUUCUCGAAUUCAGUUUCCUAAGUCCUGUGUUCUUAUUCUUAGUGUUGUUCCCCUUCGUUAUCCCAGUACUGGAAAAGAUGAACAUGACUCUGUUACCCUCAGAUGUCAUGGACUUCUUCAAGGGUGUCUUUGCAAAAAUGAAGAAGGAACGGGAAAAGGGCAGCAACACGGACCGGGUUGAUUUCCUGCAACUCAUGGUUGAAUCGCAGAACUCGCAUGAUGGCUCCAAGUCUACUGAGACUGACAUGGACAAAACAUUAAGUGAUGAGGAGAUUCUGGCCCAGGCCCUUAUCUUUGUCUUUGCUGGUUAUGAGACGACCAGCUCCACCCUCAGCUACAUAGCCUAUAACCUGGCCACCCACCCUGACGUGCAGCAGCGACUCCAGGACGAGAUCGAUGCAAACCUGCCCAACAAGGCUACUCCCACAUACAAUGCCAUCACACAGAUGGAGUACCUUGAUAUGGUGGUGAACGAAUCCAUCCGGCUCUACCCUGCUGGGGGCCGGAUUGAGAGAGUUUGCAAGAAGACAGUGGAGCUCAAUGGUGUGACUAUUCCAAAGGGCAUGGUGGUCAUGAUCCCAGCCUUCGUUCUGCACCGCGACCCGGCGUACUGGCCAGAGCCAGAGGAGUUCAGACCUGAGAGGUUCAGUAAGGAGAACAAAGAGGGUAUUGACCCCUACACCUUCCUGCCAUUCGGGGCUGGCCCCAGGAACUGCAUAGGAAUGAGGUUUGCUCUCCUUGUUGUGAAAGUGGCUGUGGUCGUCCUGUUGCAAAACUUCUCAUUCAGAACCUGCAAAGACACACCGAUCCCUCUGGUUCUGGACACGAAAGGUUUCAUGCAGCCAAAGAAGCCCAUUGUCCUCAAGAUGGUCCCCAGAGCCCAGGCUGACCUGAAGAAGUGA